GUCGUGCCUUCUAACACACACAGAUGCGAGGGAGACGUGCAUCCACCUUCUUGUUUGCUGUUCCAUUUUGUUGACACUGCUGUGUGGCUUGGUGUCCUGACACUGUGAUUCCUUCCUUGGUGCCUGAAGCAACAUUGAGACGAUGGACCGCAUCAACAAAUGGAGAAAGGCCCACAAGGCUUCGAAGGAAGCAAAAUCGCAAAAGGAGAAAAGGGUAUGCAUUCCACCUCUCUUCAAUGCCGUCCUGAAUGUCGCAGCCAACUUUGCCAAAGUCGCCGGCCAAACGGAGUGGUCCAAGCUGGUCAAGGGCCUGGGCUUCCUGCCGCAGUACUUUUCUGCCUCGACAACCCUUCGCGAGGCUGCGCUGGAGCUGGCCGUCGCCCUCCUCAACACUGUCGUCGAUCAGUUUGUGGGCGCAAGCACUGAUCCGGACACGAUGAGUGGCCGGUCAUUUGACCUGUGCGCCCAAAUCUGUGUGCUCCUGCUUGAGCACAGGAACAUCCUCGACACUGCCCACCGCCAACCGGACCUCCUCCGCACCCUCGCUCGUGCUUCGGUGCGCCAACCCCAGAUUCGUGAACACGUGUACCGUCACAAGAACAAGGGCAUCGUCCACACGCUGGAUGCCGCGGACACCAACAGCAAGGGACCAUCCUCCCUUGUGCCCAACUUUCGAUUCACCUGGACCGAUGAUCGCGUGGAUGAGAUCAGCCAGGCGACCUGGGAGCACCAGCGCAAGCUCUGGCGCCCCGACACCCUCGCCCGCGUCUUUUCCCUUCUCACUUCAACCGAUGAUGAGCUCAACGACUUCAUUCGCCACGUGCUGCGUGAGUCCCUCGCCGCAAACCUCACCGCCGACGAAAGCAAGGACCUCAUGUACAAGCUGGGCACCAUUGCGUUUUCGACCAACGUCAGCAACACCCACGUGUCCGCAUUUUGCCAACUGCUGGACGUGUCAGCAUGGGAACGCGCGUUCACCGUGCUCACUGGCGCUGCAUCGGACCCCGAAGCACACGAAGCCUUCCUCCAGUCCUCGACCCUUGCAACCGUCUGUGCUGCCGUUCGUGGCACUCUGGAAUCGGGCCUGGCUGAAUGGCUGUGCCAGCCAGCUCAGGACAACAUCGCCCGCACCCGUCUCCUCCAAGCCGUUCAACAGCACGUGGACACAACGCUACAGCUGUCAGCCUCCGUCGCGGGUUCCUCAACGACACCGCCAUCUGACACUCUUCAAGCAUCCCACACGCCCCAUAUCAACUCCACCAGUGCACUGGACACUCCCCAGCCCGACUCGGCACUCGGCACGUUCGUCUCGCCCAAAUCCUCCUCGCCUGACUCUUCUAAAAACCCAAGCAACGAUCUCAGCAACGCUGCUGAUGAUGAUGAUGACGAUGACGAUUGGGGUGCUGGCCACGAUGACCAAACCGAUGGUGUCGGCAAUGAUGCCAAUGGUGCCAAUCACACCACUGCUGCCGAUAAUGAUGAUGAUGAUUGGGGCGAUGACAGCACCACUGACAGCACCACUGACAGCACCACUUUCAAUGGCGGUCCUCAAACGGAUGCUGACACUCGCGCAGCUCUCAUCCAGCGCGUGACCGACCUCAUCAAGGAACACUUGAGCACACUGUACCACCUCGUUCUCCGCCGCACAAACACCAUCCUUCAAUUUCACCUGCAAUCCAGCAACACAGAGGCAGUCUCCACGGUCUGUGUUGAGGUGCUGGAGAUUGUGCACAAGAGCAGCACCUUGGCCUUGCUGGACCUGCAUGAGGUUACCGACCUGAAGGAUCUCCUCUCCAAUCUCCUGCGCAUCAACACCGCCCCGUCCGAUGGCCUCCUCGUCGCCCUCGUCCGCCACAUCCGCCCAAAGCCUGCCACGCUGCAUCACCUUGCCACAGAGUCGAACAGGCGCCGCCUCCUCGGUCGACUCCAACUCGUUCAACGCAUCCUGGUUGAGUGUGUGGAGCGUGAUCCCUCUGAAAUGUACAACGCAACGGAAGAGACCCUCGACUUGCUUGCUGCAGCCGUGCCAGACCACACCGCCUGUCCGGCUGACUGUGCCGCUGCCUUCCUGGCCAUCUUCGGCAGUUCCGGUGCUUUCCAGUUCACGCCAGCCCACGCCAGCCACAUCAUCGAGGUCCUGGCUGCCACGUCGCUCGAUGGUGAACAUGCCACUCCAAGCAACACUCCAGCCACUGCUGAUACAACUGUCAUGGCGCCCACCACAACAACAGCCCACGCCUCUGUCGCUGACCCAAAGACUGAGCAGCGCACGCGCCUGUGCAUGCUGUUGCUCUCGCUCACCCGUUCUGCUGAUAAAGAGGUGAUCCAGCGUAAUUGGCAGUUCAUUGCUGACAGGCUCCUCGCCGGCCUGCCCCUCAUCACAGCCACGCCGCAGCAGCACAAGGCGUGUUGGCACGUCCUCUUCCGUGCAGCGCCAGCCCUGACUGCGAGGACCAAGAUUCUGGCCGCCUUGUUCGAAUUCUGCAUGCAGCAGUGGCUUCAGCACGACGAGCUAGCGUGGGCAAAGGGAGACGCCCUUGUCGACACCCUGCAAGUGCUGUCUCAGAGCAACCGCACCCGCACCCGCAACCUCAUCAAGGACCAGAUCGCCAAAGCCAUGCACACGCUCACGCACAUGCUAUCGUUCGACCGUCGAACUUCGCCAGCGUACGCCCUCCUGUUUGAGCUCGUGAAGCCCCACGACCCAGCCUCCGUCAUCGACGGCAACGAUGAUGAUGGCGAGUUUGACAGCGGUGCUCCAUCCCGCAGUGAGCAGCUGCACGUCAGCGCCACAGACGCAGACUCCAAGUUCCCUCUCCCCGCAGCAUUCAAGGAAGGCCUACAGCAUGCUGUGGCAGAGUACAACACGAGCGAGGCUCAUUCUUUCGAGAUCAUCAGCGAUGGCGAGCGCGCCACCUUCAGUGGACACAUCCUUGGCAACUGCUUCAACUCUGCGAGCGCGUAUGCACAGGCUUGCAAGACGUUUCCGCCAGCAGACUGGGGCGUGGUCCCCACAACCCGCACCCUGCAGUACCUCAAGACCAUCUUGUCCACACUUCGCACUAACGACAACCUGCUCCUGCAAGGCGAGACUGGUGUGGGCAAGACGAUGCUGACGCUCUUCGCCGGCCAUCUCGCCAACCAGGUCGUGCUGCGCUUCAACGGGUCAUCACACAGCAGCGUUGAGGACCUCUUUGGCAGCGCCACCAACGACCCCACCAAGCCCGGCCACUUUGGGCUUGCCCCUGGCCCCGCCAUCCUUGCCUAUGCCUUUGGCUAUUGGCUGUACAUUGAUGAGGCAAACCUGCUCAAGGAGGAUCUGGUGCAGACCCUGGCCUGCCUGACUGAAGACCGUCUCUCUCUCGCCCCCUUUGCCAAAGGCCUCUCGAUUCUCGACUGCACCUCUGCUUACACGGGCAAGCCCCUGCCCGUCAUUGGCAGCGGCAGUGGCGGUGAUGAUGCUGUCCUCGUGCGAAAACACAAGAACUUCCGUCUCAUCUUCGCCCAGAACCCUUGCGACAGCAGAUACAACCGCGAAAAGCACAGCCUCAACGUCCUCAGUACCUUCGUGCCGCUGGAUGUGACGUGGGGCUCGAACCUUGCAUCCCGCAAGGCCGAGUGGACGAUGAUCGCUGCCAGUGCCCUUCGUGGUGUUCUGCCUGAUGACAUCCACCACAGUCUGUCUUCCGACAAGUUGGCGAGCCAGCUGGUGGACUUUCACGUGCGAAUCACAGAUGCACAGCUCCUCGAAGAGCUUCGUGCCAUCGAGAACGAGGGCGAGGUGUACGAGCAGCAGCACUUCAUGGACUUGACGGUGCGCGAGCUCAAGCGUUUUGCCAGCGCUUGUCGCGCAUACAUGGGCCGCCUCAAGGGAUCCGCUUCGAAGGCUUUCCAAACACACUUGACAGCGUUUGCGCUCAUGCUCUCCUCCAUCUACGGUGCCCGCUUCCAGUGCGCUGCGUCCCGCCAGCGCAUUGCCGCGAUUGCGUUUGAAUGUCUCAACGCAGAUCAGGCGCAAGCAACAGGAGCCUCUCCUCAAGGCCGGUUGCAGAUGCAUGCGCAGGCUGUCUUCAUUGAUGGCAUCCCACUCCAGCGCAAGGUGGCCGCACCCGAGCAUGAUAUCGUGGACAUUGUUCACGACAAGAUCAUGCAGUGCGCGACACACCCCGACUUCAUGCUCCAGUAUGGCUGCUACGACUUUGUCAACCACGCAUGUGUGGAUCGCGUCCGAGCCAUGAUGCGUGAUGAAGGCCGGUCGCUGGGUCAUGCCCUCCUGCAUGCGUAUGUGGCGCCCGUUCGCUGUGUCCGUGCUCGGGCGGACCUUCUCGCUGACAUUUGCAAGACGCUGGAUGCCACGCAUGCAGCGGAGGCACAGCGCCUGCGUGACGUCGACCCGUCCUCUCUGCCAGAGCCCGACCAGUACAUCUGCCCAAUUGUGGUGACAGCAGAGCUGGUGACAGCAGCACGGGAGUGCGCAGUGGCGUUCCUCCUGCGCACACCCUUGAUGAUCUGCGGCCCGAGCGGCGCUGGCAAACAGGUUCUCGUGCGGUUCCUGUCUGCCAUGACCAACAUCAGCCUCACCCACCUCCACCUGACAAAGGAGACGGAGGUGCAAGACUUCAUUGGCAUGGCCAUCCCAGAGACAGACCACGCGACAGGGGACAUGAACCUGCGGUGGCACGAUGGCCACUUGCCUCGCACCAUGCGCAAUGGCGGCAUUCUGGUUCUUGAUGACAUUCUCUCCCUGCAGUCGUCUCUGCUCGAACGGCUCAACCCGGUCUUGGAGGAGAAGCCCACGCUCGUGCUGUCCGAGAACAACCAAGUCUCACCGAUACCUGAGGACGAGAUCAGCGACUUUAUGCGCUUUGUCGCCAUUGUCGAAGCAAGGAACAAGGCCAUGACGCCCGCCUUUGGCAACCGCUUUCACAUGGUGUACCUCAACCCGCCACACAAAUCAUCGACAUGGUUUGUGGCUGCCAGCCGUCUCUUGCUCGGGCAUGAAAUGGGUGAUGGGGAAUGUCCACGUGAUGUCCGUGACCUGACAGCAAAGGCACAUCAAGUCUGGUGCAGUUCAGAGGAGCGACCCAGUGUGCGGCGCUUCGUGAUGCUGUUUGAUGCCGCGUUUCACCUCACCCGCGGUACUACACCUCCCCCACUCAAGAACAAGGCUGCAGCCGCUGUCCGAGAGGCGUGUGAGCUCGUGCUCGCCCAACACCCGAAAACGGCAGAAGUCCUCAAGCAGCAGCUCGUCAAUUCCCUUCCACCCAACAGCAUUGACUAUGUGGAUGCGUUGCUAACGUCACCUCAGCCUGAUGGUGGGGUAACCUUUGUCCUGGACAAGGACACAACACCACGGGUGUAUGCAAACGCGAACAAGGUGCUGCGCGCCCUCAAGGCACGCGUUCCCGUCGUGUUUGAGGGCAGUCAGGCCGUGGGCAAGACGGCAACCGUGACUGCUCUCGUCCACUGGUUGACGCACAAGGCGAUACUGCACAAGACCAACAGUGAUUCCACGCAAGCCACGGACUACCUCUCCUACUGGCGCCCCAGCAAGCAAGGCAACUUUGCCUUUGAAGAGGCAGAGUUCGUGCGCACCCUGCGCAGCGGCACAUGCUUCCUGAACGACGAGUUCAACCUCGCCAACACGUCCACCCUCCUCUCUGUCUUCAUCCCUGUGCUUGACAGCGGCUGCUUGGCGCUUCCAACAGGCGAGUACGUGCACAGAGCACCUGGCUUCUGGCUUGCAGCUUGCCAGAACCCCGUUGGCUUUGCUGGGCGCAAGCCUUUGGCUCGCAAGCUGGCUGACCGCGUGUGUGUCGUGCCGUUCGAGAACCUGACACAGGACGAGCUGACGGAGAUUGCUGCCAAGCGCACAAGAAACGCCAUGAGCACAGACAUGCUGCGCAAGUUUGCUCAGCUGCAGGUGCAGAUGCGUGAGCACACCGCACUCAAGCAAGACCCGGCAGUCACCGUGCGUGAGGUGUGUCGCUGGACACGCCGCAUGCAGGCCACGCCAGAUUCAGCGCCUCACGCCGUUGCGAACGGCAUUGAGUUGCUGGUGGGGCGAUCACAAGGCCAACCGCAGCUUGUCGAUUUGGUCACGAAAGCGUUUGCCAACGAAGAAGACGGCCAGAACGUUGACAGAUUGCACAGCGUAAUGGCGGGUGGGGAUUCCAUCCCCGAUGUUUGCUCUUUUACACUCCCUCGUGAUGGCUGCGUGGAAAUCAGAUAUGAGGGCCAUCCAGCGUCAACAGUUCGGGUCGAGACACAGCUGCCACCAGCUGCCAUUGCACCAUUGCUGACAGCACCCUGCUUCAAGUCCAAGCAGUUUUGCCUUGAUUUCUACCGCUUCUGCAAGUGCUACACAAACAAGGAGCCUGUGCUGUUGAUUGGCCCCACGAGCCGUAAGACUCUGCUCGUAGAGAUGCUGGCCAAGGUGACGGGUCGCCCGCUCUCAACAUACACGCUUGGAACGGAUUCGACGGCAGAAGAGCUCAUUGGCCGCGUCCUGCCAACAACACUCGACGCACAGAUGGCAAGUGCCGUCGAUGUCAUCAGGCGCAUCGACACCAUCCUUGCUGCUCAAGGCACUGCUGAUGCAUCCUUGACCGGCCAGGCGUCUUUGCUGGAAACGGCUGCUGGGUUCAUCGGAAGAGCCGACCUCAACUACACGGACGUGGGCCAAUGGCUCGAGCGAGUUGGCGCCGUAUUCCCUGCUGCUUCAUCGUUCGUGGAAGAGGGAAGGACACUCCUCAACGAUUUGCAGGUGACUCCGAACAAGCAAGGUGAUUCCAGCACGCGCACCGAGCACAACGGAGAUGAUAGUAGCAGUGAUGGCGAAGAUGAUGAUUGGGGUGACGAUUCAAAUGAGCGGUCAUCGUUGCCCACCUCCGCAGCGGGUGAUGGCACGGAACGUGUUGGCGAUGGCAAUGCCGACGAUGACGAGGAUGAUUGGGGUGACGACAGCGAAGAUGCAGAUAUGGAUGAUGAUGAUGACGAUGAUGACGAUAACUGGGGCGAUGAUGGUGGCGCUGAUGAUGAUGCGGGUGCCACACGAGGCAAUGUAAGCAGCCACGACGACAGCUGGGGUGGUGACACCAGCGAGCACAGCUCCCGUCGCUCGUCCUCAUCACUCAGCAUCAUGGAUGAAAAGCCCCAGGAUGGCUCGGACGCCUGGUGGCUCCGGGAGGACAUUAUGGCACCAGGCGACGACACUGCCGAUGAUGAACCGCAGACAAACGCCGUGGACGUGCGAAUCUCCGAGCUGAAGCUCAAGGUUGUGGUGUACAAAGUUGCCUUGCAAGCGCUGCAGUUCAUCACAGCGUCUGUGUUGGCCGUUUCCGAGAGCCGUGACGAGCACACACAAAUGCAACAAGAGCUGGCGGCCUGUAUCGCUCUUCUUCGUCACAGUGUGGAUGCCCUCCUCAAGGAAGAUGUUCAGCACUCGUCUGAAUUCCAGCGCCCGCGCUUCCAAUUCAAGGACGGCCCAGUCACGGACGCUGUGCGGCGUGGUGGCAUGCUGCAUCUGCGUGACUUGCACCGCGCCCCUGCAUCUGCUGUGGAGAAGUUCAACUCUCUCUUGGAGUUGGAGCCUUCGCUCGAGACAAGCGAGUAUGGCAACAUCGACUGCCCGCAGUCGUUCUUCUUUGUCGCUUCCGUCACAUCCGACCGCCGGCUCUUUGAGUGCGGCUUGUCACCGGCUCUCAUCUCGCGCGUCACAGUCAUUGACGUGCAGCCGUACACCAACACUGAGUUUCAGCACCUGGUCAGAGGCGCCCUCGGUAGCGUGGCAGAUACGACGAACGAGCUUGCCCACUUCAUCAACGACGUGUUUGAAGCAUAUGGCUCCUUCAACACGCGCCUUGCGUACCAGAUGAUUGGCUUUGUGCAGCGACACAAGGACCGCUUCGUCCGCGUGCAAGACGGCGUUCUUCACGCUGUGGCGGCGCUCAUAGCGCCUCGGCUGGAUGACGCGGGAAUUGACAAGCUCAACAAGGUCGUGACAGAUCGAUUCCAGUUCAGACUGGAGGAGUUUGAAAAGCAACCCGUUGGCUUCUAUUCACUGCCUCCCGCGCGACAAACAACGCAUGCAUCCUCGACACCAACGCAGCAGCCACAGAAGCUGGAAAUCAUCCCUGGCGAGCACAUCCUGGAACAGGCACAUUUCUUCUCAGCUGACGGUGAUGGUGUGGUGUUCGGUCUUGGUCCUUUCUGCAUCAGAAGUGUGCACACGUCCGCAGAUGUGGCGCCAAAUCUGCAGCUGUAUCCCGGCAUGAGCACCAACCACAAUCUUCGCGCGAUGGCUCGCGUUUUCAGCGCAGGACUAUAUCCUGUUCUCCUGGGCCCACCGGCAAGUGGCAAGCUGUCCUGUGCUCGAGAACUGGCGCGUGCGCUUGGCUACAGCAACGUGACGCUGAUCACGUUUGCGCGUUCCACAUCGAGCGAGGAUGUGAUUGGCCGUUACCACCAAGCGCUGGACGGGUCGUUCCGGUGGGAAGAUGGCGCGUUCAUGACCGCUGUGAAGGCAAACCGAUUCAUCGUGCUCAAAGAUAUCCACCUCAUCAACAACGAGCUUGCUGUCCAGAUUGCUCGCAUCUUGCGCGAGCAUUCAACACCCCCAACAACUGCAAUGAGAACAAGCACAGCUUGUCAGGUGCCAAAGUCGCCGCUUGUGUGCGCGACUGCUCCAGCGUUGGAGAAGGUUGCAGAUCAACUGCAAAUUGCGUUUGCCCCGCUUUCCUUCCAACACAUCCUGCCGAGCAGCCCACACCCUGACUUGGUGUAUCCACUGGUCUGCCACGCAUUCCGCGACAUUGAACAGCUGAGUGUGAGCCACGAACUGUUCAUGCCAUUGGCCCGUCUAUUGUGUGAACUGGUGGAAUUGAGCGAGGACGACUCCACAGAUCUGGUUGGCGCAUUUCCGUCCUGGUCCCUGCGUGAAAUGGAGAAAGUGAAGACCUUGUUCGUACCGCUCUUCGAGACACUGCAGUGCCUGCAGUGGGUGAAACACGACGAGCAAGGCGCAGAUGACGAUGAAGAUGGCGGCGUGCAUCUAGACCAUAGUCGGACAGAAAGCGAUGGGCACCACGACAGCAGCCUGCAUGCAGACAUGCAGCAGCUGGCGCUGCAAGUCCUGACCCAAGUGGCACAGCUGGUGUUUGUGGGCGGCCUUGAAGGUCGAGCUCGUGACCUGGCCUUGAAGAAGGUGGCCAAGUGUUUUCCUCAAACAGCGCCUGACACUCAGUCGGCAGUUGUGGUGGACACAACCCUAACGCACUGCGUGCGUGUGGGGUCGGUGUUCUUUCCGCGUCGCCAAACCACGCGAGAGACGCCCGCGAACGAUGCACGGCAAACUGUCUCACCGGAUGUCGUGCUCACACCACAGCAUGCCAAAACGUUGCAGGACAUGGCGCUGGUGCUGCAGGCCCACCGCAGCCUCACCAUGCGUGGUCCCACGGCCAGCGGCAAGACCCAGCUCAUUCGCUGGUUCGCCCGUGCAGCCAAUGCACCCACCCUCGAACUCCAUCUGAAGAAAGCAACGGAGAUCGGAGAUGUCAUGGGCCAACUGCGCGCAGAAAUGGGAAUUGUGCGCGUGCAGAGACUGGCCAACGCUGUCUCCAGCGCCCUGUGCAGCAUCUUCGUUGAUCUCAACACGCACGUCCUCAGUGCGCAGGAGAACGCACCUCAGCACACAGCUCAGGGCACAGCUGCGCUUGCAACUUCACUUACCCACGAUAUCGCCAAGCUGGCUUCGUGCAUGGACAAACUCGUGUGUGCUCUGCAAGCGGGAGACGUGGCCAAGGCGAUGCCCUUGAAGGAUGACAUCAAUCAGCAACUCGCAGACCUCCAAGCCAGACUCGAGGCCUCUGCCGCACAGAUUGGGCUGGAUGUACAAGCAUUUUCAUCUGCUGCGCAUGAGUUCACAGAGUCCAUUGACCACUUGCUUGUGCGCCUGGAUGACAUGUGUUUUGACGCGGGGGAUGGGCCUCUCCUGCAAGCUGCCCGCAACGGCUGGUGGCUUGUCCUGAACGAUGUCAACUUCUGCCCACACGACUUCUUGCUGCAGCUGCAAGGGUUUCUGGAGAACGACGUCGCUGACAUGGGUGCACACACUCCAAAAGACACCACCAACGGCACAAGCGCGUGGCAGGUGUCGCCAGACUUCCGCAUUAUCCUCACGUAUGACCCAGACCGACCAGGCGUGGUUCCGCUGCCACCCUCUGUGCGCCAGCGCUCUGUUGAAGUUGCACUGCCAGCAGUCGAUGCGGUGGAGCAGAGAGACACGUUGCAUCACAUCAUGAGCCAGUGGAUCUCAGAGAUUGGAUGCGACUAUCCACAACGAGUGGCAAACGUGUUUGUGACCGCCCACUUUGCAGCAAAGCAGGCAAUGUUACCUUCCGAGGCGGACGGUCCGUUUGCAGUGACAUUCCGAACAGCCAUCCGCGCAAUGAAGCUGUUCCGCACCCUCAUCCCUCACGUGACGCACGCCAACCUGCAGCAGGCAGUGCUCUUUGUGCUGCGUCAAGUCUACGAUCAGCAUGGUGGUGGCGUCAUCAAGCAGCCCUUGCUGGCCGAGCUCCAGCAUUGGCCUGGCGAAGAGCCGAGGUCACUCAACACAUGCAUCGUAUCAUCUGGCGAUACUGCCAUCUCAACAAUUGACGACACACUUGGUGCGCUCAUAUGGCACAUGGCGGGUGUGGCGAUGAAGGAUGACAGCACAACCGACAGCACACAGGAUAUUUGUCACUGGGCGGUGGCCAGAGCCAUGCAGUCCCUGGGCUGCGGCGGGGAGGAGCUGUCCCAUGCUCACUUUCCUGACAAGCCGCAGCUCUUCUUCAACGCCUUCGCUGAUCCCGAGCACUCCAUUGCGCUUCUUGCUCUGGAAGCUCAAAGCGUAGAGAUUGUGUCACGACAACAAGUGUUGGCGACUGUGCGCACUCUUCAACGCGCACUGGCAGAUAUUCCGCAAGUGGCAACCCUGCAGGACUGCGACAAAUGGCGCAACAAGCUGCAACAGUGGUUGGAGGCAUGUCAACACCUUGUGAUCGCAGGUCGCACAUUAUCCAGGCGCCCUGGCAUGCAAGACCUUGUCUCGUCCUUUGAAGGAGUGGUGGCUGCCCUGAGCAACUACGUGACUGCUUUUUCUGGACUGUUCAGGGAAGAGGUUGGUGCUCAGGUUCUGCUGUCUCGAUUCAGAGCACUCAUCGAAGCCGCGGAGCGACGCAUGGCAACGGCGUUGCCUGACUCCAAAGGAAGGCUUGGAUUCUUCAUUGCACAAAUGGAGGCAGUUGUUCGCGCCAAACUCGUGCCACUCUCCCUGCAAGACCAGUCCGUAUUUCGCAUUCUCGCCCAAUCUCCAUCGCUCCGAGGGCUCAUGCUACGAUUCAGCAUGUUCCUUCCAAAAGCCACCAUCCAUUUGUCAGCAGCAGCCCUCUGCCUGCGCAGGGACAUACCUUUCUCCGCUGACGAGUACACGGCCACAGCAACCACGCUUGCCAGAAUGGUCAGUGCCGCGGCCACCUCAAGUGAUGCUGGCGGCAAGGAAGCCAACCCUCUCUUGUCCCAGGAUUUCAUCACAAAGGCCAACUUGAUGCAAGACAAGUUUGAGGAUGUGAAGGAUAUCCUUGGGCCUCGCUUCAACAAAGCUCGUCGAGAGUACAGGAAGGCCGUCGCGGAGAAGCUUGAUGACGACACUCCCGACUCUGUUCGUACAUUCCUGUCAAACUUUGAAGAGCCUGCAUUGGCUCCACCGGAGGAGUGUGGGGAAGAGUUUGCAGAGCUUGUGGAGAAGCGACACCAAGUGGCGGGAUUGCACGAGGAGAUGACUGCGCUCAAGGAAGAGCUGGAUGACCUCAAGCAAUGCGUGUUUGAGAUGUUGGAAGAGCACGGUCCCGCGCUUCAGCCAUCGCAGCACCAGUUUGACGUAAUGGAGGCCAAGCGUGUCCUUGAAGGUGGUGCUGAUGCCGGCUUUGAGGAGAGCGAUAAGAUCCAAGACGCCUGGCAUGUGUUCCGGAACUUUGCAGCGUCAUCCCCGAACACAUUCCUGGUUGUUGUGAACGCUGCGGCUGAAGACUGGCGCACACAAGUGGAUGUGCAGCUGCUUUGCGAGCGUGGACAUGACACUGCGGUCGUUGUUGUUGUUCCUGCAUUCCUAUUGAGAGAGCGCCACGUAUCUGCGAACGAGAGCGAAGAAGUCAUGGACGGCGGAGCACUGAAACUCAGGGUCACGCUCGUUGAGGAAGCUGAGACCGGCGCAGGGUCCAAAAUGCUGGAGCAGGUCAUCACUCAGCUCAUGACACCUCACCGAGAUGCAGACUUUUCCCUCGAGCGCAAAGUGGAGCGGUUUCAGGGACGAAGAAAAGCGCUGACAGGGCACAGCACGGCAAGCCAUGUCAUGACCAGAGCCAUUGUUACACACUGCUCCUCCCAGCGCAAGGUUGUGGCGGCCUCAAACUCGAUCGUGAGGACGCUCGCCGCCUUGAAACGGCACGACAUGGAGUCUGACGCGUGGGUGAGCAAAGUUGGCUUGCUCAUCACCCACAUCAAGGGCUUGCACAAGGCUGUUGACGCCAACAAGGAUACUGAGCAUCAAAUGUCUGACGCAGUUGUCGAGUUUUGGGCAUCGCAGUCUAUUGAUGAGCGUACGAAGAUUGGCUUGCACCAUGCCCUCGUCACGCUGGCCAACGACGAUGUUCCUGGGUCUGCCCGCAUGCUGCAAGCUCUUGACCAAGACACAUUGGACAAGUACCGCUGCAUGUUUGCGGUGGUGCGCGUGUGCACGCUUUAUGCAUCACACGGGGAUGCCGGCAUGUCCUCCGUUCAACCUGCAAUCUCCUCCAUGCUUUCAGCGUGGUUGGAUGACGUUCCGCCACAAUCCACAAUGGCCGAUGCGCUCUCAACCAUCCUCUCCAGCUGUCCUCUAACCGCACGUGUCUUCAAGGACAAUAUCUCGGCUUUGUUGCAGCUGCUUGGUCAGAAACUUGUGGGCGGCAAGGAAGCACGUCAGCAGCUGGCGGCUGUUCUUGACCAACUGCGUGAACUGCAGGAGCAGCAACCAACGCCACCAGAGCUCGAGGCGGAUAUCAACCGGCUUUCCUCGUUGCUGAGCUCAGAUGAUGUUUGCGGAGUGGACAUGACGUUUUGGCAGCGAAAGCCCGAGGAAUGGCGAAAGCGUUUGCGUGAGGAGAAGCAGCGCCAUGCAAGACGAGAACUCCGUUCAAUGUUCAAACUGCCAGCUCUCGAAGGCACCCUCACGCAUGAGCUGGUGGACGCCUUGAAGGGGCUGGCUGCAGAUGUGAAGAAGUUCAACCGAUCGGCUGUGCAAUGCUCAGAUCUCCGGGCAAAGCUGAAACGUGUUCUGGCCGGCCAGGUUGUGGACAACAUUGCUGAUCUUGUCCACCAAAUCGCGGGUCUGUGUGGCGAAGCCACACAACUUAUGUCAAGACUGCAAGACAAGCAACACCUCGUGCUCCAACAACACAAGGUGCCAGCUGAUGUGUUGCCACACGUGCUCAAAGCGAUGCAGCGUGUCGCCAGUGCCACGUGUAUGACUCCAGAUACGACUGAGUCCGCAGAUUGGUUCAACCUCACACCAGAUGAGCUGGUACUUGGAGUGGUUCCAGCUGGGUGGCGCGUCGUGUUGUCCCGCGGCUUGAGUGCUGAAGAGAUUGAGCAGCAAGCAGAGCAAUUUUCGCAUUGCACAACGAAUACCUUCGGACCCAUGCAUGAACGCUUUGCGGGAAUGGAGCUCACCCUGAACAAUUGUGCCGAACAGGUGCGUAGUUCACUUUGUGAUCUGGUCAGAAGCAUCAAGGAAACGAUCCAGCAGUCAGAUCUGCAAGGUCACUCUCAAACAGGGAUGAGAAAGCGAGAAGCGCAAGAUCAAGUCGUGGACAAGCUGCAACAAGUCGAAGACGGGCUUGCAGCAGAGACCUCAGACGACAUUGACAGCCACACCGAGGCCCAAGAGUGCUUGAAUUUGGUCCUCCCUGGCACCAAGGCAUCACAGCAACUCCAGCACAUUUGCGGUGCACUCGAUGUGAUGCGCUGCUUUGACCAGUCCCAACACCAGGCCACGGAGGAUUCAGCAAGUCCCUCCACAGACCUGAUCCGGCGCGAAGGGGAAAGUGUUGUUGACUGCGUCCAGCGUGUCCUUCAGCGAACCAACAUUUCUGACCCGCACAAUGUUGCCGUGCAGAGGGUGUGGUGCUGGUACUUGUCGACUCUGUUGAUUGUGGGGGCGCGCAACAGCAGCGAGGUCAAGUGGGGCACGACAGAUGUUUCGGAACAAGCGCGGGAUGUUGCUGUGCGGUGCUGUCAGAGCCUGAUGGACUUUGGCAGCGCCGUUUCCGUCACCAAACGCACCAUCGAGUCAUUUGAGCAUGCGCUGUCCCAAUGUGACCUGUCCACCGGCACCUUCAAGUUCAGUGUGAAGGUGCUGCACUCGCUCAGCGUGCUUCACAUUUUGACGCUUCCACGGCCGCUCAUCGACGUUGCGUUUGCAUUGUCGCGAACCUCCGCGGUAGAAGCCAACGUGGAUGUGCCUGUUGCGGUGGGUCAGUUUGUGGAGGGCACGCUUCCUGAGUAUGCUCGAGCGCUGCUUCAGAGCGCCUUGUCUGGCCAGCCACCAUCAGUGAUCGACGCGCUGGAUGAGGUACUGCCACCUCCGAGUGAGGUGGAAACAUUGGACGCUCUCAUGCCUUGGGAAGGUGUGCUGUCGAACAUCUCCGCCACGCCCGCUCCAGCAGGAGCUAUUCCAGCCACGACUUUGGGCACCGAAGGGCCGUCCACCUUGACAACAUUCACCGCAGCAUUUGGGAACACCAACGAGGACAAAGAUGAUGACGAGGAUGAUGACAUUGUUGGUGACAACACGACAGCAUCGCAGGCAGCAAGUUUGUACGGCUUCAACCCUGAUGAUGCCGUUGAUCGCAUGAGCAUCAGUCUCAAAAAGCUCAUCUUUGACGAGGGUGCAACACCUGGCGACAGCGAUGGUGAUCACAGGUCCAGCGGUGACGGGAGCGGUGGAUCAAGGCCUGGUGCCCAUGUGGCCACACCAGCGCACGCUGAUGGUGUUCGCAUUUCUUCUUCGAUGCUGGCAAACGCCAUCAUCAAGACCAGCGCAUCCACCUCAUCUACCUCAUCAUCAUCAGACAGAAAGCGGAUGGUCACUUGCAAGGUCAAACUGACGAAAGAGGACAUCAUGGCUGCGACAAAGCAGUUCCAGCAUCGGCGUGGAAGCGGGGAAGUGCGAUUCCGACCUGCCGCGCUCUCUGCCGAUCGUGAGAUUGGACAUGUGACCACGGUCAAAGACAUUGACUUCAAGGAUGGGUUCUCGUUUCAGGAGUCCCUGUUUGGCCGGCUGUGUCGUGCGCACCACAUGAACAUCCUGUCCCUUCAGCAAAAGGUGCUGGAUCUGCUCAUGCAAACACACGUUCGCGGUGUGGAGGUGCAUCUUGAGGUGGCCAUUCUGGUCGACAAUUCGCUCUCCAUGCAAGGCGGGUGCGGCAACCAAGCUCGCCAAACACUGGUGGUGCUGUUGGAGGCACUGCGGCGCCUGGAAUUGAAGACUGCGGUCCUUUCGUUUGCUGGGAAGGGCCAGGAGCGGUGGCUGAAGAAGUUUGAGCACGCCAUGUCCUGUGAGAAGGGUGAAGAAGUGCUGCUGCGCCUCAACUUCAACCAGUUUGGCACUGCAAUUGCGGAUGCAAUGCACUGUGCGCGCGCGCAUCUGGCUGAGCGUCGACGCACGCGCUCCGCCAGUGGGAAAGCCGUGUAUCCGCAGACAAUGGUGGUGAUCACAGACGGUCUGUCAAGCCAACUGAAGGCGGAGGGGCAGGCCCAUUCUGCGUUCUCGCAGGUGCUGUCGAAAGCUACCUCAGAAGGCGUGAAGGUUGUUGGCAUUGAGAUGAGCAGCUCAACGGCGAUGGGUGGAAGCGACUUGCGCAGCUUGGCCAAGCAUGGGCUGGCAUGGACCCAGCCAAACCUGAAGAGCAUGAGCGUGGAGGUGCCCAGCGUGUUGUGCCGGGUGCUGGAGGAGCAGCUGAGGCAGCACAAGGGUGUUGUGUCACGCCAGCCUCCAUUCGAUGGCAACCGCGUGCGUCUGGGUGUCAACGGACGCAUCUCAGCCUUUGAGCUUGAUUUGCAGGAGCUGGCCAGCGAUCGGUGGAUUGACACGUACAAGCCAGGGCCGUACCGCCCGCCAAAUGUGUGCGUGCAGGCCCUUGGUGCUCCACCGCAGAAGUGCAAGGCGCCGAUGCUGCGUUCGGAUGUUCUGCGGAAGAUGCGUGUGACCCACACGAUGUAUCGACGCGCCGCAACCCCGUGUGAACACUCAGCUCAGUGGUACACGGACACGUUGCAGAAGUACGGCCAGCAAGUGAACAUGGUGCAAGAUGUGCUGAAGCAGCACCUGACGAAGCGUGCAUCCAUGCGCAAGAAGGCUGGCUUCACCAGCGGCAAGAGCGUCAACCCAGCCAAGCUGAUGCAAUGCAAGGCGACCCAAUUCACCUCCACUGCGUAUUGGGAACGCUACGUGCCUGAGGGCCGGCCAGCCUACCGCUUUGCACUGGCAAUUGACAUGAGCGCAUCCACCGGUGACACGCCAACGUCCUUCUUCAAUGCACAGUCCCUGGUGCUGCUGCUGGAGGCCUUCAAGCGAUUUGGGCUGCAUGACACAAUUGUGUACGGGUUUGGCGAGAGCGCGUGCACGCUGAUGAAGGAUCGCACAGAGCACGUGGACGCGACAGCGCUGAGCACCAUCGUGCGCACGCUGGCAACUGUUGGGUUUGCGCAGCAGUCGACGAACGUGGCUGCCGCCAUCGCCGCUGGCGUGGAGCUGUUGACGGAGGCGAAUGACAACGACGCGAGUGUUGAGACGUCGACGCUGUUUGUGUUGACGGACGAUACGCCAGAUCCACAGCAUGAGGCCGCGCUGCGGUACGCCGCUGCCCUCGGCAUUGACGCGGUGCAGAUUGUGAUUGGCACGGUGCCCACGUCCACGCAGCGCGCGUUCACCCGCUUCAUCGAAGUGUCGUCGCCGCUUGAGCUGCCAAAAGCACUUGACAUGUACUUUAAGCGCGUGCAUCUUCCGCAAGCACGAAGCCAAAUGGUCCCCGUGCGCAGGGGUGAUUUCGUGCUGAGUGAUGAUGGGCAGAAGGAUGUGCAGGAAAAGGUCGCUGCUGAGUUGGCCAAAGACAGCCCGUAUCGAGGGUAUCUUGUUGAGGAAGAGGACGAGUUUGUCGUAGAGGCGCAAGUCGAAGGGACUGGGAAUAGACAGCACUUGCUACUUGACAUGAGCGAACUCUGUUGAAGUGAUGCUUGUGUAUUUGUGUGUUGUGUGUGUGGGGGGGGGUGCGUUAUUGGGCUUGAAGUGUUCAAAGAUGAGAGGACGUGUUUCUGUUUCUUCUGUUCAGGAGGGGGGCGGACUGUUGACGAGGAGAG